CGCAGGCGGCUCGGCCAGGAUGCGCUUGGCAUCGCCUUGCGGCGGCACUCGCAGCUGCGGCAGCGUCUCUGACGAGCCCGCCGCUUCCCCUCUCUCGCCGCAGCCGCUGUAGAGCCCGCCGCGCCACUCGCCUGCCUCCUCUCGGGUCGUCUGUGGCGGGCCCGGGUGCUGUGCCUCGCCGCCGCCGCCUCCUCCUCCUUUUCCUCCCCGUGUCCCCGUCGCUGGCUGGCGGCCGCUCCUCCCCGCUCCCAUGGCGGCGGCAGCAGCAGCGGCGGCGGGCAACAUUGUGUCCGUUAUGGCGAGUAAGACCAAGACCAAGAAGAAACACUUCGUGGCCCAGAAAGUCAAGCUCUUCCGGGCCAGCGAUCCGCUCCUCAGCGUUCUCAUGUGGGGGGUGAACCACUCGAUCAAUGAGUUGAGUCAUGUUCAAAUCCCUGUUAUGUUGAUGCCGGAUGACUUCAAAGCAUAUUCAAAGAUCAAAGUGGACAAUCACCUUUUCAAUAAAGAGAACAUGCCAAGCCAUUUCAAAUUCAAAGAAUACUGUCCAAUGGUAUUUCGCAAUCUGCGAGAGAGAUUUGGCAUUGAUGAUCAGGACUUUCAGAAUUCUCUGACAAGAAGUUGUCCACUUGCAAAUGACUCUCAAGCUCGCAGUGGUGCCCGAUUUCACACCUCUUAUGACAAAAGAUAUGUCAUCAAGACUAUUACAAGUGAAGAUGUAGCAGAAAUGCAUAACAUACUGAAGAAAUACCACCAGUAUAUAGUGGAGUGUCAUGGAAAUACACUUCUUCCCCAGUUUUUGGGCAUGUACCGGCUUACUGUUGAUGGAGUUGAAGUAUAUAUGAUUGUCACAAGAAAUGUAUUCAGCCAUCGCUUAUCUGUUUAUAGAAAAUAUGAUUUAAAGGGCUCUACAGUAGCAAGAGAAGCCAGUGACAAAGAAAAGGCCAAAGAACUGCCAACCUUCAAAGACAAUGACUUCAUUAAUGAUGGUCAAAAGAUUCAUAUUGAUGAAGCCAACAAAAAGAUGUUCCUCGAAAAGCUUAAAAAGGAUGUUGAAUUCCUUGCUCAGUUAAAACUCAUGGAUUACAGUUUGCUGGUUGGGAUUCAUGAUGUUGAAAGGGCAGAACAGGAGGAGGUAGAAUGUGAAGAGAAUGAUGAAGAUGAAGGGGAAAGUGAUGGAGCUCACCCGACUGGAACCCCUCCAGAUAGUCCAGGAAAUACACUGAACAGCUCGCAGCCUUUGGCUCCAGGAGAAUUUGAUCCAGCUAUUGAUGUUUAUGGAAUAAAAUGCCAUGAAAAUGCACCUAGGAAGGAAGUUUACUUUAUGGCCAUCAUUGAUAUUCUUACUCACUAUGAUGCAAAAAAGAAGGCUGCUCAUGCUGCAAAAACCGUCAAACAUGGCGCAGGUGCAGAGAUUUCCACAGUUAACCCCGAACAGUAUUCAAAGCGGUUCUUGGAUUUUAUUGCCAACAUUUUGACGUAACCUAUCAUGUUCCAUUGGACAGAUAUAAGGUCUGGGAACAGCAGCAAUGGCUGCAAGUGUGUAAGGGACAAAAGCUUCUUUUAAAAAGGAACUCUCGAGUGCUAUCUUGCAGAAGGCGGCCCCUUGGUUUACAUCUGCUGGCAAAGAUGACUGACUGGGGUGAAAUAUUCGCUUUAACAGCUGCCAGAUAUGCCCUGCAUAGUACUAGCUAUUUCUGGUGUGUGUGCGUGUAUGCGUGUGCGUGCGUGCGUGUGUCUGCAGAAACCCCUACAAAUAUAAAUUAACUAAUUAAUAACACAGAUCAGCAUUUUACUUGGUGUAUUGCAACUACAGUACUCCAAGGACACUAGCUGAGAUGGAAUGAAUGGGCCAAGGAUUGGAGAAGGAAAGAAAGAUAUGCAUGUUAAGUCCCACAAUAUUGGCAUCAAACUGUAAACUGUGGAUCAGUUUGUAUUUUGAAUGGAAAAGUGCAAGACAGUAUUGGUGGUGGUGAUGGUUGACCGUACAGCAAAUGCUCCACUUAAAAUAGCCCUGCAUGUUGGCAUUCCUUAAGGUUAGCGACAACAUUGUAAGCUCCAUGUGCUGAAAGCUCAGCUUUGGGCAUUUUUGCUUUUUGUCUCCUCUUGUUUUCGAUUGGCCCAUCACAACAGGGAACAGUCUUCCAGCAAUUCAGAGGUACGUCUCUUGUUUUACAAAGAUCUAGUGGCAUAAUCAUACUCUGUGCAAGUUGGGUUUUGUUUUUUGCAAGAGUAAAUAAAUUGCUGCGUGGGUGGGGGGUAGGUGGGAGUAGGGAUAGACCAUUGUUGUACCCUGUGGAGAUUUACACUGUUUAUCAUGUAGGAACUGAUCAUGCUAAAAAGGAAAUCAAGUACACUUUUUAGAUGAAAUGCUUCAGUUGGGAGCAUCUGUAGCAUCAUUUUCCACCACAUAAACAAAAGGAUAGGAAGCCUAUUCACCUGUGACUGAUCAAAACUAGGACCUUUUAAAUGCUUAUGUUAUGCUGUUAUAAUAUUUUAUUUUUAAAAAAUUCUUUUUUAAGCCCUAAAUUUUACUGUUUACAUUGAUAGGAAAACAGGGAUGCGUUUGAGUUUGUGCACAGUAUGUGAAUACAAAGUUUACAUGUAAAGUUACAUUGCAGCGCAGAUGAAGUAAUAUCUUGAGGUGUAACACACGGUAAUGUACUAAAGUGGAUUUUUCACCCACCUCCAUGAUAGAAAAUCUUUUACAAUAAACAGUGACAGAUUAUUUUUAAGUGUAUAAGGUGGGUGUUUUUUCCCCAUUAUCUUAAUAACUUGCUUUGUGUUUCUCCAGAUUAUGUUGUGUAAUUUCAUUGCCUAAAAGUAUGCUGUCACCUAGUAAGUAACCUGUUUAAAACUUUUAAUAAUGAUCAAUUUAGGGAACAGGUUCCCAGGUUCUAAAAGGACAGAAUUAGACAUGCUUAAUUAUAUAUAUAUAUUCUCUACUUAUACACUGUGCUAAAAUUGUGCCUUUUUACAAUUCUUUGUCUGUUUCAACAUUCACAAGCAACUCAGAAAAAAAAAACCACUCCCCCCUUGCAAGGUGUAACUUAGCUCUGGAGUGCCAGGUUGCCUUCUCCAAUAACAUAAUGCCAGCGCUGUUAAGGCUGCGACUGUGUAUCAUGUCUGUAGUGUUGACUUCAUAGAGCCCUGAUAAAUUAGCAGCUGAACUUGCUAUUGUAUGCGGCCAAAGGCAAUACGAUCCUUGUUACUCUGUAUGAAUUUUUUUUACCAUGGUUUUGUUACCCUUCUAACAAUGUUUGACAGUACUGUUACGUAUGUGUACAAAUCUGAACUUUUAUGUAUUUAAGUUGAUAAUUGUGGCUUGACUUGUUUCGUUUUUUAAUUCCUUUCCCCAUAUGUGCACACCCCAUUUAUCUCUGGCACCAUGUGAAUGUUUUUUAUUUCUUACAAUACACAGUGGCUACUAAGGUAUGAUGAGACUGCAAAGGAUACCACUGGGAAACAGUGAGGUACACAUACAUAAAAAGAAUAAAUAUUCCAUUGUAGCCAGUUAGCGUAUGCUUUUUAUGAGCUAACUACAAAGCCUUUAUUUUCCUUUCUGUAACAGUCUCUUGUCACUCAUGACAUUUGGAUAAACUGUUUGGGGAGAGGGUGAGGAAGAUCCACAUUGUAUUGCCUAGUUAUAAAAACACACUCCAAACAUGAGUAAGGCUUUAUAAAAUAAAGCACUUUGAUGAC